CAGCGUGUGGGGAAAAUGGCGGACGCAAUGAACGUCGGCGUGAAUUUAGAAGCAUUUUCUCAAGCAAUAAAUGCUAUUCAGGCACUUCGUUCGAGUGUAACAAGGGUUUUUGACUCUCUGAAAGAUGGGAUGAAAAACAAAGAAACCCUUGAAGGACGCGAAAAGGUUUUUAUUACCGAGUUUCAAGAUAACCUGCAGUCUGUAAAUCGCGACUUGAAUGAAUUGGAACGCCUCAGUACCCUGGUUGGCAGACCUUCAGAGAGUCAUCCCCUUCACAACAGUGGCCUGCUGAGUCUGGACCCAGUUCAGGACAAGACUCCGCUGUACAGUCAGCUCCUUCAGGCUUACAAGUGGUCUAACAAGUUGCAGUACCAUGCUGGCUUGGCGUCCAGUCUUCUUAACCAGCAGUCACUCAAGCGCUCAGCUAACCAAAUGGGGGCAUCUGCCAAGAGAAGACCCAAAGUCCAGCCCAGUACCCUGGUUCUGCCACCACAGUAUGUGGACGACGUGAUAUCAAGGAUCGGCAGGAUGUUUCCAGACAUGUCGAUUGAACUCUUCCGACCUAACGGGACGUCAGCAGUACUUCUGGUGACGUUGGGGAAGGUGUUGAAAGCCAUCGUGGUGAUGAGAAGCCUGUUCAUAGACCGGACCAUCAUGAGAGGAUUCAACGAAAAUGUGUAUUCCGAGGAUGGCAAGCUGGAUAUCUGGUCGAAGUCAAACUAUCAGGUAUUUCAAAAGGUUACGGAUCACGCCACCACUGCUCUGCUGCACUACCAACUCCCCCAGAUGCCUGACGUGGUGGUACGAUCCUUCAUGAUCUAGUUCCAAUUCCCAAAAGGUCUUUGUUUCCAUGAUGCCAGUGGGGGACAACACAAGGACCUGGUCUUCUUGGAUGAGCUCUUCACACCCUGACAGAGGACCCCAUCUGUUAAGGAGUCUGAGGUUUCCCCUCCAAGUAAACCUGGGGUUCUCUGUAGGAAAAAUAAACACCAUCGAGUUUGCUGUAUAUACACUAAUGUAUAACAUUGCAGUAAAACAUGGAGAACAGUUCCACCACAGUUCACCAGCACCACUGUAUCACAGAGUAUAAAAUAGCUCACCUUCAGGCUUGCUGUGGGGUACGGCUCAAUAUUGGUGGCGAGGUAGGACCCCAUCUUUAUUGUUUUGAUGUCAAAUCUGCAGACAAACUACAAAAGUAAAUCACUGUCUAUUCAUCAUGAUGCUAAAGAACAAACAUACAAAGCUUCAUUAUGAAAUGAUAACAGGAAAUAAAAAAUGCAUUAGCUAUCAUGUAAUAAAUACAGUAACAUCAAUAACAAAAUCACAUCUAUCCUGCUAUUUUCUUGUACUUCAAUUAUAAAUAGCUCACCUUAAGCAGAAAGCCCUACCGUCCAUGAGGGCUUAAUGUUUGACACCAGAUAGGACUUUAUCCAGUGUGAAAAUAGAAUGAAUCAGUUAAGCACUAUGUCUGUUCUCAUGGGAAGAAAUGUGUAUGUUCUUUUUUGCAAUGCAGUGUUCUGACUUUGCUAUUUGCUGACAUGCUGUCUCGAAUCCUCGUAUCCUGACAAAAGAAAAAUGGGCUGCGUUCAUUACACAAUAACUAUCAAACCUCAUGUUUAAUUUGUUUUAGAAACAUACAUAGUCAUAAAUUACCUCAUCAAAUCGAAAUAAAUCCAAUCUACUCUGCAGCAUGUGUAGUUGACAUCCCUGAUCAAUAAGACAACACAAAAAAAUCUAUAAAUGCUCCAGACAUUUCUCUAUAAUUUAUGUUGGGGAUAUAUUUUACAUAACAUGUACUGUCUAUAUUUAAUAACACUGCAUAAUAAAGAUGAGACCUCUUAAGAUAAAGGUGUUGAUGGGGCUGAGAUAUCAUUGAAGUUGAAACAUUUGACAUGAUCCCUUCCCCUCUCUCUGAUCGCCAUGGACUAUAUAGUCAACUGAAACAACCUGCAUUUUGAGU